AAAAUUGUUAUUUUUUUCAUAUUAAAUUCUAACUGAUUUAUUCAGUAUUUUCUUCAAAACAAAAACAAAAAUUGUCCAAUCAAUAUCGUAUCCGGAUGAAUCAAAAGAAAAAUUUGCACGAUGGACGUUUUCUUCAGCGUUACAUUGCUGCUCGUAUCGUAUUUGUUGCGUUGGGAUUUUUCGGUAUGUUUUUGGUCUAUGCAUUCAAAGUGGUUGUAAACAUGUCUAUUGUGGCUAUGGUCAAAAAUAAACCGGAUGAUCUACCAAUAAAUGCUGUUGUAAAUUUUUCUACAAUUUCACCUGUGUCUGCUGAUACAUGUCCCGGUGGACAAUACUCAUCUGAUCAAAAUAAAGGAGAAUUUGAUUGGCCUAAAGAUGUUAAAAAUUAUGUAUUAGCAUCAUUUUUCUAUGGUUAUGUACUUACACAGAUACCGGCCGGUAUUUUAGCCAAUAAAUUUGGUGGAAAAUGGAUUUUUGGUUCAAGUAUUUUGAUUGCUUCGAUAGCAUCCUUAAUGUGUCCAUUUGCAGCACGAAUCAAUUAUAUGUGGUUCAUUAUAUUACGAGUUAUUCAAGGUUUAGCUGAAGGCGUUGUAUUUCCUUGUAUGAAUACAAUGAUUGCACAAUGGAUGCCAACCAUGGAAAGAACACGUGGAACAACAAUUACAUUUACAGGCGCUAUGAUUGGUACUGUUAUAACGAUGCCAAUGGCAUCACUAUUCAAUGAAAGUUCAUGGGGUUGGGCUGCUUCAUACUAUCUGUUAGGUAUCAUUGGAAUUAUUUGGUUUAUUCUUUAUGCUUUUCUUGUUUAUGAAUCACCUGAAUCACAUCCAUUCAUAUCUCGAAAAGAAUUAAAAUAUAUUGUUGAAAAUGGUGGUGGCAAACAAAUGGAAAAGAAAGUUAUUAUACCAUAUGGUGAGAUAUUUACAUCGUAUCGUGUAUAUGGUAUUAUUUUGACUGCUAUCGGACAGAAUUGGGCUUUCCUUACUAUUCUCACCUAUUUACCAACCUACAUGAAAGAUGUAUUGCAUACCGAUAAUAAAAUGACAACAAUCAUUUCGGGUCUUCCAUCACUUGGUCAAGCUGUUUUCGGAUGGAUAUGUUCUUAUUAUACUGAUCGUAUGCGACAAAAAGGUUCUUUAUCCAUUACGACAAUCAGAAAAAUUAAUGCUUUCAUCACCUAUAUACCGCCAGCUAUAUUUAUGGCAAUCAUACCUAUGGUCGGUUGUAAUCAAAUUGCAAGUUCAACAUUAUUAAUAUUGGCUGUAACAUUAAGUGGUGCUUGUUUUAGUGGUUUUAAUUCAACACAUGUUGAUAUGGCACCAGAUUUUGCUGGAACAUUAAUGGGUUUAACAAACAGUAUUGGUAAUAUACCGGGAUUUAUUGUUCCAAAAUUGAUUGAUGCAUUCACUAAAAAUCAGAGUACAAUUAAAACAUGGUCAUAUGUAUGGUAUAUAGCAGCAGCGGUAAAUGUUUUAACCACAAUUAUCUAUACAUUUAUGUGUACAGCUGAAGAACAAACAUGGGGAAGGAUUCAUCGGUUAACGGAAAAAGUUUAAAUCUAAAUAAUAAU